GCCGCAGGGAAGAGCUCUUCGGCGGCCGUCGGUGUGCAGGCCCUCCCGUCGAAGCAGGAGGGCCCUGCUGUCGGAGGGCCGCCGCCGCGGUGCUCGCCGACGCGGGCGCCGUACCGCCGCGCCAGCGGCGGGGUCCCGGGCACGCGGCGGGCGCCGCGCUCGCAGCGCCUGGCGCUGGCGGCGGCCCUCGCCGCCCUCGCCGCGGCCGCCGCCUGCUGGCGGGCCGCCGCUGGGCAGCGGCGCGGCGGCGCGCGGGCGCUCGCGGAAGCGCGCGCGGCGGGUGCGGUGGCGCCGGACGGCGAGGUGCAGCAGCGCUGGGCGAGGCGGGGUGCGGAGGCGGAGGCGCGCCUCGCCGUGCAGACUGCGGCGGCCGAGGCGCGGGCGGCGAAGGAGGCGGAGAGACAAGCCAACCGGCUCUCGGCGUACGAGGCCGAGGCCGAGGGCGCCCGGGCGGUCUUGGAGGAGGCAAAGCGGCUGGCGGACGUGGAGGCGACGGCCCAGCGCGCCGCAGAGAUGAAGGUGGCCAAGCAGCUCGCCUCGGACCGCGCCAAGGCCGCCAAGAGGGCACACCGCGCGCGGGGCAAGGCCGCCGCAGCCGCCCAGGCGGCCAGUGAGGCGGAGGCCAAGGCCCUGGCCUCGGCCGGCAUGGAGGAGGAGUGGCUCGAGCGCACGCCUGGGGCCAGGGAGGUCGAGGCGUGA